AUGAAGAAGUCGAAUGGAAUUGGAGGGAAUAAUACACCUGUAUCAUCUACUAGAGAAGUUGAACAUGAAUUAGGCCAAAUAUUACAGUCAGCAUCUUCAUCUCCACCUCAUGAUGAAAUAAAUACUAAUACAAAUAAUCCUAAUGUGAAAAAUCCUGAACAAAAUAUUAGUCAUGCUGGCUCUAUCAAAAUAUUAUCUCUUCAAUUAGCACCAUCACCUUAUAAGGCCACAGAUGAAGCACAAAAUAAUUUUUCAGAAAUGAAUCAGAGCCAAGUUAUUUUUAACUGCAAAGUAGUUGUCACUGGUAUUAUAUUCUUGUCUCAAAAUAACAGUAAUAUUAGUAUGUAUGAUGUGGAAGAUAGUCAAAUAUUUCCUAAUAUGAAAUUAAUAAAUGAAAAGAUUAGAUAA